AAUGGUGUAUCGAGUGCGCAAGCAGGCGAAUCAAGACGAGCACGGUAGGGCAGCGGCGCGCGCGCGCGCACGUUUACUUGGUUGCGUUUGCGUUGAACUUUGCCUAGACUCUCUCAUCGAUUGCUUUUUAGAAAACCAAGUAUAAUCAAAUACCUCUUCCAGGACACAUAGUCAGUACAGUUGUAAUGUAUUAGAAAGUAAAACCACCGCGUGCGAUCCAUCGUUGAUGUUCCUUGUCCGAUCUGCGCGCAAGUACGGUCGCUGAUUCUCACCUUUGCACACGCAAAUCAGUCGAGCCGCAAAAUCAUCGAAUAACGGCAGCCAUCUUUGCUCCUCUGAAAACGGGCUGUGGUUUGUGACAGAGAGACAGUAGUGGUUCUUCAUGCGGUUCACGCGACCAUCCUGUCGCCUAUGUACUCUACGAAAGAUUGGGAAUCGUUCUUAAGUGCGGCUAAUUAGAAGAACCAAGGAACUCGUGUCACGAAUCCGGGCUACCGAAAUAUGACAAUGGAGACGCCAAGGGAGCGCGAGAUUGCCGCGGAGGACAGUAUUAAGGUAGUCUGCAGGUUUCGACCUUUGAACGACUCCGAGGAAAAGGCUGGCUCUAAGUUUAUUGUGAAAUUCCCUUCCGGCGGCGAAGAAAAUUGCAUCUCCAUCGGGGGAAAAGUAUAUCUUUUUGACAAAGUAUUUAAGCCAAAUGCUACUCAAGACAAAGUAUACAAUGAAGCAGCUAAAUCAAUUGUCACAGACGUGUUGGCAGGAUACAAUGGCACUAUUUUCGCAUAUGGUCAAACAUCUUCAGGAAAAACGCACACAAUGGAAGGUGUUAUUGGAGAUUCAAAUAAACAGGGUAUUAUUCCCAGAAUUGUUAACGACAUUUUCAAUCAUAUUUAUGGUAUGGAAGAAAAUUUGGAGUUUCACAUUAAAAUAUCAUAUUUUGAAAUCUAUAUGGAUAAAAUAAGAGAUCUACUGGAUGUGUCAAAAGUGAAUUUAAGUGUACACGAAGACAAAAAUCGAGUUCCAUUUGUGAAGGGCGCAACAGAGCGUUUUGUAUCUAGUCCUGAAGAAGUGUUUGAAGUUAUAGAGGAAGGAAAGUCAAAUAGGCAUAUUGCUGUUACCAAUAUGAAUGAACACAGUUCACGUUCUCAUUCUGUGUUCUUAAUAAAUGUUAAACAAGAAAAUUUAGAAAAUCAAAAAAAGCUAUCAGGAAAAUUGUAUCUUGUUGAUUUGGCUGGUUCAGAAAAGGUUUCUAAAACUGGAGCAGAAGGCACUGUGCUCGAUGAAGCGAAAAAUAUUAAUAAAUCACUAUCAGCGCUUGGCAACGUAAUUUCAGCUUUAGCAGAUGGAAACAAAACUCACAUUCCUUAUCGUGAUUCAAAGUUAACUCGAAUUUUGCAAGAAUCUCUGGGUGGCAAUGCUAGAACUACAAUUAUUAUUUGUUGCUCACCAGCUAGCUUCAAUGAAUCCGAAACAAAAUCGACUUUAGAUUUCGGUAAACGUGCUAAGACUAUUAAGAAUGUUGUAUGUGUCAACGAGGAAUUGACAGCUGAAGAAUGGAAACGUCGCUAUGAGAGAGAAAAAGAAAAGGCAGCUAGAUUGAAAGGAAAAGUUGAGAAGUUGGAGGCCGAAUUAUCACGGUGGCGCCAAGGUGAAACAGUUAAACCUGAAGAACAAGUUAGCUUGGUUGAAGGACCAGAUGUUACAACUCCAAUUAAUAUGUCUAUUGAAGGUAAACUUGACGAUGGUCCAAUGCCAGCCACACCUGGUGGCAUCUUAAUGGCUGGUUCCUUGUCUAACGAAGAGAGACAAAAACUGGAAGAGGAACGUGAAAGACUCUUCCAGCAAUUGGAUGAUAAGGACGAGGAGAUUAACCAACAGUCACAGUAUGUUGAGAAACUGAAAGAACAAAUGGAAGAGCAAGAAGAAUUAAUUGCGAGCGCAAGACGAGAUUAUGAACAACUUCAACAAGAGAUGAAUAGAAUACAACAAGAAAAUGAAAGUGCUAAGGAAGAAGUUAAAGAAGUUCUGCAAGCCCUUGAAGAACUGGCUGUUAAUUACGAUCAGAAAUCUCAAGAAGUUGACCAGAAAAACAAAGAACAAGAAGCUUUAGCAGAGGACUUAUUAGCGAAACAAACCGAAUUGAACACUACAAGUUCAGAAUUGCAACAGUUGCGAGAUAUGUCCGCUCAUCAGAGGAAACGUAUUGCAGAAAUGUUGGCGAAUUUCCUAAAGGAUUUAGGCGAGAUGGGAGUUGCUAUUGGCGACGAAAACUUGAAGGUUGUGCCGGAAAGUAAUGGUAAACUCGAAGAGGAAUUUACAGUGGCAAGACUUUUCAUUAGCAAAAUGAAAUCAGAGGUGAAGAAUUUAGUACAACGUUGCCAAGGAUUAGAAAGUUUCCAAGUAGACUGUAACAAGAAAGUUGCUGAAUAUGAAAAGGAUUUGGCUGAAUGUCGUUUAUUAAUUUCGCAACACGAAGCUCGUAUGCAAUUUUUAACAGAAUCGAUGAAAGUGGCAGAAACUCGUAAACGUGCUUUAGAAGAAGACGUUGAUGCUUUGCGUGAAGAGUGCGCCAAGCUGAAAGCUGCAGAACAAAUGCAAGCAGUUACGAAUAAAGAAAAGGCGGAAGAAAAAGAAGCAGCGACAAAGAUGAGGGUAGCACUAGAACAACAAAUGGAUCAAUUGCGAGAUGCUCACCAGAAACAGGUUGCUGCUCUUAGGGAUGAACUCUCCGAAAAGCAAGAUCUAGUUAGCGAGCUUAAAGAUUUGAAUCAGAAGUUCACGUUGGCACAUCAACAAAUGCAAGCCGAUUAUGAACGAUUGAAACAGGAAGAAGCGAAUAAAUCAGUGAAAUUGCAAGAACUAAUCCUGCUUAACGAACGUCGAGAACAAGCCCGAAAAGAUCUCAAGAGUCUGGAGGAAACAGUAGCCAAAGAACUUCAAACGUUGCACAAUUUGCGCAAAUUAUUCGUUCAGGACUUACAGACGAGAAUAAAGAAGACUAUGAACUCGGAAGAUAACGAUGACGCUGUUGGUGCACUUACUCAGAAGCAGAAAAUUUCCUUCCUCGAGAAUAAUUUGGAACAACUAACGAAGGUACACAAACAACUCGUGAGGGACAACGCAGAUUUACGCUGCGAAUUACCGAAACUUGAGAAAAGACUGCGGAGCACAAUGGAGCGCGUAAAAGCCCUUGAAACGGCACUGCGAGACGCCAAAGAGGGUGCAAUGCGAGACCGCAAACGCUACCAAUUCGAGGUAGAUAGAAUCAAGGAAGCUGUGAGACAGAAGAGUUUGGCCCGUCGCGGACCUAGCGCACAGAUCGCUAAACCAAUUAGAGCUGGUCAACACCAUUUAACCAACCUUAACGUUAUUAGAACAGGAAAUCGUGAAAACGUAUGCAAGAACGCUUUCAUCGAUGAAAAGAAAAGAGUUGCAGAUACUUUACUUUGUAGUGCAUACUCAUAAAUGUUACGAUUAUAUAGUAAGGGCAAUAGAUGUAAUAUAUCCGCAAGGAGCACCGCCAGUUCUUGUUAUUUGUCUCAAAAAGAGCAUGUACUUAGGUAUAUUCAAAAUAUGUGCAUUAAGUUAUGAAAUUAGCGCUGCAUGUCCCAUCGACUUGUAAAUAGUUAAUUUUUAUAAAUUAUUUAAUUUAAUAUCAUGCACGGUAAAUAAAGGUGAAUGUCUAUCAAAUAAACACGCUAAAGGCCUCUCGUAGAAAAUAUUUCGAUUGUUUCUAUCGGAAUUUUUGUACUAUUAUGUGUCUUAUUUAUACAAACAUCUUUGAAAAAGAAGGAAAUAAAAUGAAUUACACGUAUCUCAGGAUACCAAGUAUUUUCUUGAGAUUCGUUCUAUUAUGAUUUGACAGAUUUGUCCCUGGCAGUUUUAUUGGAUCUGCUAUUGAGAUUAAAAUUUGUGAGCAAAUGAGGCAGUACUAUUUAAGAUUUGGUAGGUGUCGCUAACGUGAGAUACGAUUGGACAUGCGGCCUUGAGAAAAAUUGUAGGUAUGAUCGUGGCUUAUAAGUAUUUAUAAUUGUAAGAAUUCUCUCCAUUGCUAUUAACGAAACACGUGACAACAAAUUAAUUUCCGACCUUCUGAGAGGACUCACUUAAUCAAGUGUUAAGGUUGAUGGUCGCUCUAAAGAUUAUCGAAGGUCCAAGAACCAAUGACUUAACGAGAGAAACUUUUCGACAGAAUAAUUUCAUCUCAACCUUCAAUCACGUUUAUUUUAUUAAUUAUAAAUAUAUAUAUGUAUACAUUAUAUAUAUAGAUCAGUUUUCAUUGCAUCGAUCUUUAUAUAAUCAUCUAAUUUAAAUUAAUUUAUUAUCGCUUAUUUUUGUUUAUACCAGAGGCUUUUGUACUACAUUUAAAGCCCUCAGUCCAAGGAAAUUUGGUCUGUAGGAAAAAGUCUUUUGUUUUAGGUAAACAAGUUAGUUUACGUUUCUUCAUAUUGAGCAUGUGCUCAGAAGUUACCUAAAUAUAUAAUGUACAUCUAAUUGUGAGCUAUUGCACAGGUCUGCUUAAGUUCCUAAAACCUGUUGCAGGCCACAAAUAAGUCGCUCACAGAGUUUUCGUUUUUUUCUUUCCGGUGUAGUCGUUGAGUACAUUGUACACACAGAGACGCAUAUAUGUGCAUUUUUUUACUAAACUCUAUUCUCUUACCUAAUAUUCGUCGAUAAAUAAUGCUUUUUAUGUAUUUUUUGUAAUCACUUUAUUUAUGAUUCCCUUAGUAAUUUGUGAGUCACACGUACUCGAUAUACUGUCCAGAACAGGAGAAUUCUAAACAUUUAUUAAUUUAAGGAAACAUAUAGCUUUCUGUAAACUGUGCGCAACAAAAUGCCUGUUUAUUCUUAAUACAAUGGAAUCUUGUUACGCUCAGACGCUUUACGCUAUGUAGAAAAGUAAAAAAAAGAAUUAACAUUUUGUUUAUAAAUCAUUUUUCAUUCUUUCUUUUUCUCUCUCUUGUUGUCGUGGACAGCGACAAAAGAAAUCAUGUUUUCACGUGAGAUCAUUUUGUCAUCUUCCGUUUUUUAAACUUUUGUGAUAUCAAGGGUGAAAUUGUAUUUGCUAAUAGGCAAAGACAAGUGCGUGGUGCAUAAUGAGUGCAAUUAUUAUUGAAAUAUUCUUGUCAAAUGUAUGUAAAUAUAAUCAUAUACCCCAUUACAUUAGUUUGGCAAACCAACAGAAAAGCAGUCCUAUGCAAACUGCGCUACUCGCAAAAGGCUACAAGGUACAUAUAUGUAUUUAUCGCAAAACAGUACACGCAAUAUUAACGCCUUAACGCCUUAAUGCCUUAAUGAUCUUCAAAAUAUUGUCACAUAAUAAUUUAUUUUUCAUUCGACUGUGCAAAUAAGGUGUUGACACGCAUUGAUAAAUUUUAAAUUAUGGUUCAACAUUUUUCCUUGAGCAACUAAUCAUGAAGCAAACUGUCAACCAAUUACAUUGAUUGUGAGCUUUGGGUAUUGACUAUUUUUUUUUACUAAAUUACAAUUUGUCCUUAUAGACUAUCGUGAAAAGGCUUUAUUGAUUUCUUCGACGUAGAUAAACAAUUGAAUUCUAAGAUGUUUAUCCAGCACAUUUAUGUUAUAAUUAAAAUAGAAUAAAGCGACGACAGUUAUUCAGGUACAAGAGUCAACAGCCUGUUAUCUAUUCAAAUUAAAUUUAGAAUUGCAUUUUCUUCGAUUGGUGAGUGUCUUUUUUCGUGACAAGAAAACUUUAAAUUUAUCAAUGAAUUGUACAAAAUAUUUCCUAACAACCAAAUAUUCAUUGAAAAUAGACUUUUAAUCGGAGAUCCUCAAUAUGUGCACACACAAAAAGAACAGAAUACCCGGGGGUUAUUAUUAUUUUAAUAAUAUUUCAAGCGUAAUUAAAAUUAUAAUGAAAAAAAAAAGUUGUAGUCAGUAUGUAUUCACCCAGAAAAGCAAAGAUCACUGUUAAAGAGGAGGUUGAUCUAUAACUGCUGCCGAUUUUUUUGUAAACUGUACGAAAUAUGCGAAUGUGAAAGAAAUAAAUAAGUUGACAUAUGUA